AUGCCUACCAUCACCAGUACUAGCAGCAGCAGCAGCAGGAAUGGCGCAAAUGGAGUUCCAAACGAAGAUGGCCCAGAAGAAACCGCCAACCAAGCUUCUAUUGGGGCUCCUGAGGAGGUUGGGGAUAUAAAAGACAAGCUUGGUGAAAGUAGUACUCAACAGGAUGUCCGGGAUUCCGAGAAUAGUAGUGAAGAAUUAUCACUAAAAAUCUACGAUGGAGACAAUUGGGGACCAGAUUCUCCCUCUACGGGUAAGGGCAAGAUUCUUAAGAGGGGAAAAAGGAGACAAGAAAAUCAUGAUCUUCCACCGCUUCAGAUUGCCGGGAUAGUCGCGCCGAGCAGGGAAAAAAUCUUAAGAGAUAGGGAAUCUUCCAUUACCCAAGAAGAGUUACACACGGAUAUCUCUGAGAGGAUACAUAGAGGAGGGAGGGGGGGAGGGGGAGAAAUAACUAAUCCGGGAGUACAGAGGAACGAAAAAGUGGCCCGUUUCGAGAGAGAAAGUACAGACCACUUCGAAGCAGCAUGGCGUAAACGCCCGGACGUACCGACAACCGAGGAAUUGCUGAGCGAAGUCGUAGAUCUUCCAACAAAUUGCAUUGACGGCGCUUUUGACAGUGUCGAUGAUUACCUUGAAACACACUACGAACUUCUGAGGGAGGAUGCGUUUGCAUGCCUUAGAGAUGCCGUUUUACUUAUGAAGAGUGAUCCAAAUACCGGGGAUACACAUGAUGUCUCCAUUUACGAGGAUGUUCGUGUACUUGGCCUAACAUUCUCAAAAAUGGGAAUUGCCACUAAGGUAUCAUUUUCUACCAAUCGUUCAGGAAAAAAUAUUCCUUGGGCGCACUCAAAGCGACUGCUUCCUGGUACACUCGUAUGCCUCUCGCCCGAUAACUUCCAAACAGUCAAAGUGGCUACUGUUGCAGCCAGACCUUUGUGCGGGCUUGAAAUGAACCCCCCUGAAGUUGAUCUACUUUUCAACGAAACCGAACUUGAGAUUGAUACAGAAAAAGUCUUUCUCAUGGUGGAAUCACGCAAUGGAUAUUAUGAAGCAUAUAAGUGGACUCUCAGGGCGCUGCAGAGGAUGACAGAGCAUAAUUUUCCCUUACACGAACAUAUAUGCUUCCUUAACAAAAACAUUCCACCGCCGCGUUAUGUCACGCAAAAACCAUUUCUCAAUCUCGCCCCGAUAUUUCCAGAUAUACCGGAUAAGGAACCUUUGGAAGAUGUUGAUAUCAUCAAGGCGUGGCCUCAAGAUCCCUUGACCGCCAUGGACAGCACACAGAUGAGGGCUUUACAUUCAAUUUUAACCAGGCGUGUUUCGAUUGUCCAAGGACCCCCAGGUACAGGGAAAACAUACGUUAGUGUCCGGGCGUUAAAGCUUUUGCUGCACAAUAUGGACGCAGUGGACCCGCCUAUCAUUGUGGCAUGUCAAACAAAUCACGCUCUAGAUCAACUUCUAAAUCACAUCCUUGAAUUUGAAGACGAAGUCGUGCGUAUGGGAGGUCGCACACAGGACAAAGACAAAAUCAAAGAUCAUACGAUAUUUGAAUUGAGAAAGAAAUCAAAUGUCAAAAUACAGGGCUCCCAACAUGGCCAUGCAACAGCGAAUUUAAAGAGAAUUCGGGACAAGAUGAUGAAGCUUUUCGAAUCUCUCAAACAGGAGGUUCUGACGGUAGAUGACUUAUACGACAAUCGCCUCAUCACUCCAGCUCAAGCCAAAAGCUUCAAUGAGCGUUCGGCAGGUUGGAUAGUACCUGAAGAAACCAAUGAAAAGGGGGGUAUCAUUGGCCAAUGGCUUGGUGAGUACCUUAAAGAAAUUCAGGUUCAGGAAGUUAUCUGCAAUGGAGAUGAGGAAGGCGAUAUCGAAGAGGAGAAAAGGAAGGAACUUGAAGAAGAUUUCCUUCUUUCGGGGCCUAGCGCAAAUGGCGAUAAAAUAGAUGAUAGGCUCAAGGGGGAUUGGUUUGCGAUGGGUCGUCAAUACACCGUCGAAAACCCAGCCGGUGUUACAAUGGCAGAAAUUCAGCAAGCCAGACGUGUACAAAAUGUUUGGGAUCUUGAAGGCUAUAUGAGAGCAGCCCUAUACCAUCACCUCAGGACGGAGUUCAUAAAUAAGAUUUGGAAUGAAGUCAUAAAUCUCAACAAGGAUUACCAGCGCUAUUGUCAAAUGUUGAAGAUAUCAAGGUUGGAAACUGACGCUCACAUAGUUUCUAAGGCUAAACUCAUUGGAAUGACAACAACUGGAUUGGCUAAAUAUAGAAGUAUCAUUGCAGCUAUAGGCCCGAAAAUCGUGUUGAUUGAAGAAGCAGCAGAGGCCUUGGAAGGACCCGUGGUGGUCGCAUGCAUGCCGAGCGUUGAGCACCUGAUCCUAGUGGGAGAUCACAAACAGCUUAGGGGCCAUUGCUCUGAUAUGAACCUCUCCGAUGAUCCCUACUAUUUAGAUAUCUCAAUGUUUGAACGUUUGGUAACGAACGAAGUACCAUACGUGACAUUAAGAACACAGAGACGCAUGAGGCCGGAGAUUCGUGAAAUCCUGAAACCAAUUUAUGAGGAUACACUCGUGGAUGAUAAGAGUGUUCUAGGCCGAGAAUCAGUCCAGGGAAUGGGCGAUGUGAAUGUCUAUUGGUAUACACAUUUCUACGCAGAAAGUGUUGAUGAGGUCCAUUCACGCGUGAACGAGAAUGAGGCCGUAAUGAUAGUUUGUUUCGCAGAAUACCUUGCGUUGAACGAAUUAAGCCCCGAUGAGAUAACUAUCCUCACAUUUUACGCCGGGCAGAGAUCUAUGAUUCUCAAAACGUUGAGGGAAAAUAAAAAUCUUGCCGGGGCGAAUAUCAAGGUCAGAACCGUAGAUAGUUACCAGGGAGAGGAGAAUACAGUAAUUCUUCUGAGCUUGGUGAGGAGUAAUGAUUAUGACCAAAUUGGAUUUUUAGAUGUUGAAAAUCGUGUUUGCGUCGCCCUAUCACGUGCUAAGAGAGGUCUCUACAUAUUUGGAAAUGCUUCAAUAAUCACACAGGCCAGUAAAUUGUGGUGGGAAGUCGGAAAUAUUCUCAAUGCAGCGCCAUCAAGACUUGGAAUUUCCCUUCCCUUGACGUGUCAGAAACAUAAAGUCAGGAUAGCGAUAGAAGAUCCUAAGGACUGGGUCGACAUCAACGGAGGCUGUCGUAAAUGGUGCAAGGAAAUAUUGCCGUGUAAUCACGCCUGCAUCUUGAGAUGCCAUCCGUUUUCGCACGAUAACGUACGGUGUAGUUUCCCAUGUGCAAAGAUUCUUUCAUGUAACCAUCAGUGCGGUAAUAUUUGUUCGAAAGAGUGCAUUUGUACAAAAUGUGGCAAAGAAUCAGAGAAGCCACGGCCACCACCGCCGGGUCGUUCUAGCAAUCUAGUCACUGCUCCUAACCAACGGCCCCCUACUCCUCCUGUUGCCGCUAUUGAAAACCGCACAACAGAAAGGCCUCCUAUACAUACUGCGAGUGUCGAUAGGCCGCAAGCCGCUCCACCUAGGCUUGUCGAUGUUGAUGAUGAAUGGGCGGCUGCGCUACCAACAAAUCGGGCACAAACAGUAAAAACAGAGGAUAAUUUCCCAGAAAUUCCUAGCAGGGCUAUGCCUUUUGCGUAUCCUAAGGAACCGGGCUCCACCCCCGCAGAGCCGUCCUCCGCCCCCACAGAACCGCCCUCCACCCCCGCAGAGCCGACCUCUACCAACCCUCAACACCGUCCGCCACCCUCUCAGAACCGCCCUCGAGAAAACUACCAACAGGAAGGCUACCCACAGGACAGCUACCAGGAUGACUACAUACGGGACGAUUACCAGCGAGAAAAUCCUUCACUGGAUAACCGCCUAGUUGUCCGUCCUCGAAACACCCAUCCUCCAAACUACCCUAACAACUUUCCCCAUGGCCAGGGCAACUAUCAGGACGAUAUCAUUAAUCAUCAUCAAGGCAAUUACGACGACGUUGAUUACAACGGAGGCAACGGGUAUCCCAACCGCGGGGGUCCUGCGGCGGCAACUCGCGGCGCGGCUUAUGGCUCUGGUCGCCGUCAGGUCAGAGAGACAUGGGUAGAGGACGAACGAAAUUCGCAUUUCGUAGAAAGGGAAAGUGGGAUGCAGAGAGGAACAUACGGCCAUUGGGAAAACAGAGAAUACCCAACGCAAGAGCGCAGAGCUCCGGAAGAAUGGCCGUCUCUAAGAGGGCCAAUGAAUUCGCACAGAGGCUUUGAACCAGUACACCCUAGGGGUAAUAAUAAUAAUAAUGUGUGGCACAAGAAUAACCCACAUCACGGGCCAUCUACUAGAGGGGGCGGCGGAUCGAGGGGAGGGCGUGCCUCAUAUACCGCUUAUCGCUAG